UCGAAUAUCAAACUUAUUGGCUAUUCAGUAAAUGCAUACUUGUUGCAUCGCGUUAAGUCUUAUUUCAUCCACAAAAAAUCAUGUACAAAUGUAAAUAUAAUUUUACGUGGAAAAUCGAAAAUUUUUCUUUUUGCCACCAUAAUAAUGGCAUGAGAUUGUCGCGUCCCUUAUUUGAAAAUGAAAAUAUUGGAAAGAUUGUAGGCGAUUUACAACUUUACCCAAGAGGAAAGAGUGAGGAAUAUUCUGAAUUUAUUUCAUGCUCUUUAACGUUGCUUACAGCUGACUACUUUGAUUCCAUUCAAGGUGAAAUUGAAGCAAUUGGAGCCAGUGGAAAGAUAUUGAAAAAUAAAAAGUGGAAUACAAUUUUUACCCCACCUUUUUCCGCAGCAUUAAAAUUUUAUGAUUUCCUUGCUAUCGAAGAUAAUGUCCAAGAUGCAGAGGAUUGUGCCGAAGAUACUCUUACAAUUUGUUGUAAAUUUCAUACACACAAUUCUACUGAAAUUGUGACAGACGAAGAUUUUGUGUACACGAAGAUUGGUGUCAAUCGGAAUACUGUUGAAAUGUGCGUACCUAGAGGGGGAACAACGAAACGCUUAUUAACUUUAGGAUCGAAUAAUAAUUUUGAAAUUUAUAUCACGGAAAAAAACGAAAUCAUUAAAGUUAGAUUUAUAAGGGUGGUUGCAGAAACAGCUGAUAAUAAACCAUGCAUUGUGGACUGUACUUUGACACUGAUUGAUGUGUGGAAUUCAAAAUUAUAUUCUGAGAGAGAAAAGCAUUAUUUUUCUUCAGAAAAUUGCUCAAAUUGGGAAUUUCCUUCAGAAGCCCUUUCUAGAGAAUGGCUAAACUUUUUGGAUGAUAAUACCCAGAGUUAUGCACGUUUUUAUUGUGAAUUUUCCGUUUCGAAUGGAACAUAUUUACACUUUAACAUGCCUAAAUCAAAAUCAUCAUCUAUUCUCGACGAUUCCUCCACGACAACAAGUGCUUCUCCUUCAUUACAGGAAGACCUUCGAAAUCUAUUCCAUAACAAACAUCUCUGCGAUGUGAAAUUGCGAGUGGAUGGCGAAACUCUUGAGGCACAUAAAAAUAUUCUAGUGGCACGAUCCCCGGUGUUUGCUGUUAUGUUUGAUCACCAAGACAUGUUAGAAAGUCGCAGUGGCAUUGUUGACAUCGUUGAUAUUGAUGCCCACAUUAUGAAAUCAUUUCUGGAAUUCUUAUACAUCGAUAGUGUAGAUGAAAUGGAUUAUGAAAUAUCUACAAAACUUCUGAUGGCUGCAGAAAAAUACCAAGUAUUGUCAUUGAAAGAGAAAUGUGCGAUGUUUUUGAAAAAUGAUAUGUCAGAGGAGAACGUAUGUGAAAUAUUGUCUCUGGCUGAUGCAGUUAAUCAUGAAUUUUUAAAAUUAGCUUCCAUUGAAUAUAUAAUAGCGAAGUCAGCAACAAUUUUAUCUUCUCCACAAUGGAUACCAUGGAUGGAAAACAAUAUGAAAUUGGCUACUGCUGUAUUCGCAAAAUUAACGUUAAGCCAAUCUUCCACAAAAAACUGAAUAUUAGGUAAGUUAUAGCUGAAAAAUACAAACAAUAUAUUUCUAAUGACUGAAUAUUUUGUUA